AUGUCCGGCACAACAACCUCUCUGUUCGGGGGCGAUGCGCCAUCCGCCUCCGAGAACAACGACGUAGCGUCGACAGUCCAGAUUCCCAGCACUCAGGAUCCUAACCUCCCUAAUGCUGCUGCAUCUGCUUUCGAAAUUGGUGCCCUGGCAUUAGCCGUCAAAGCCAUUGCCGAUACUGCUAGAGUUGCGCACAACGCACAACUCGACGCCGGUAAAGCUGCGCAGGCCGCCCGAGUCGAAGCCAUCAUCGCUAGGAAGGCCAAAGAGGCCGCAGCAGCGCUCUUCACUAGCCAACUCAAAGCUUUCGUUGAGAGUUUCGGGGAGGAACUCAAGAAGCACGGAUUGUCCAUUGAUCGUCAGAUCUCUUACAUCUCAGAUGCCCCCGACGCCGCCAAUACCGCUGACGCUGCCGCUACCACCGCCACCGAAGGUGUCUUGAGCCUCCCCUUUGAGGUGUUUGGCGAGAUCGGUAUUCAUCUCAGCGUCACGGACCUCAACGAGAUGCGUCUUGUCAACAAGCGCAUGAAGGAGGCUGUGGCAUUCCCAUACGGUAAGAAGAUUUUUGUUACUGAGAACAUCGUUAUCUUUCCUACGUUUGCAAGCGUUUCAGCGUUCUUGGUUGGGCUUGGGUUGGAUGGUGCGUAUCCUGGGACGGUUCGAACAAUCACCUUGGUUGGCGAGGGACCGACAACCCCGGAGCUCGGCUACAACUACGCUUGGGAAAAUCUCCACAUUCUCAAGUUCCCCGGCAUGCCAGAGCCAACCGAAGACCAGUUGUAUGAGGAUGAAGAGAUCUUGGAGUUCGCCAACGAUGAGCACAAACACUGGAGCCGGGCCAACGAGUCAUUCUGUCACACUGGUGCAUACCGUACCAUGCUCAGCCUUGUACUCGCCAAGCUGCCCAACUUGAAGACGAUUCAGGUUCGCAAGCUGUACCCCGGCGAGCACAUCCCUGGUUGGGCCGGCCCGGAGGCGUUGUCGAAGAUGUCGUCGUACCAUCCAUGGACUCCAGUCAACGAGAUAUACUAUGGUGGUUGGAAGUACGACGAGGUACACAAGCGUGUCACGAUGUGGAUAGACGAGUACGGUGAAGAGAUGGAGGAGGACGAUGCUGGCCCCCAGGCGGGUUUCGAGGAGGAUCUGUUCGCUGCCAUGGCGUUGUCUGGCACUCAGGCUCAGGUCUUCGAGAUGCAUAAGGAGUUGGACUGA